AUGACCGACUCGAAUAGAUCACCUGGUCGUCGGCCGGGUGAACUCGGCCGCAGCAUAUCAACCAGUACGAGUCAACCAGCUCUUGGUCUACGGGUGGACGAUGAGGCAGGAGGGAGAUCAGGUGCAGAAGACGAAGAAACGAUCGAAAGUUUGAUGAGUCGACUGGCCAUUGAGCGACGAGUUCAAUAUGGAGCUGAGAAGAUGCUCGACGUCAUCGAGAAACGUUCCGGUGAUGCCGAUGCUGGUGAUUCCGAGCAGGUCAAAGAGAGGAUCACCGCGCAGUUGGAGGCUGCCAACGAGCACAUCAAAGCUUUAGAAGCAAAGCUCGACAAGCUGGAGCCAACGCCAUCACGGAAUCGACGGAGACCUCAACCUAGACUAAAUGGCUACCCGUCCAGCUCUUCCCUCGGCUUGGGUCAGUCACUAGCUUCGUCCAAUGCGCUUUCUGGGACUUCGCCGCGACCUCGAUUCCCGAGACUCAAUUCCAACUUGACUCCUGAUCUGGCGAGUCAAGCCCAAUUCCCAUCUACUUCAAACCUUGGGUCACCACCAAGUUCACGAUAUUACAAGUCUUUAUCGCCCUCCAGACCUAGAAGUAGAAGUACAGGGGAAGAAGCUCGGAUCGGACAAGGCGGUCCACUGUCUCAGAGCGAGAUCUCCUCACCAACAGGCGCAGUGGACGAAGAUCGGCUCAUAAGGAAAGUGGAGGAAAUCACCACACUUGUCAGACAGUUGAGGGAUAAUCAACCUGCUUCGGAGGCCUCCAUGGAAGGCAAGGGCAAAGGAAAGAACAUGGAAACGGAAAAGGUGAACAAUGCCUGGGAGGCCCUAAGCAAGAUCGCAGGCAUGUUUCAAAGAGCGCCGAUCUUGAUACACUCGUUAAACAUGGAUCUCGUCGUGACGAGCAUCAUGCCUUUUCUUGGAGACGACUCGACUCAGGCUCUCAGAGCAGCGAGCUACAGGGCACUGAGAAUGUGUGUAGAUCGAGCCGUAUGGGGCGUCAUGGUGUCUCUCGGUCUUGAAUGGCUUAUAGUCCCAACCUUUACGCGAGAUGGGAAGGCUCAAUCUGAAAGAGAACAAGCUGUCAGACUUUUACGAGCCAUUGUCGCAUUGCCACCUCCUCCUCAUCAUUUGACCCAUCGCAAAUCACGGCGCGGUCACCAGUCGUCUCGUCCGGGUCAUUCCAAGCGACCCUCAAUCUCAGGCGCAGAAUCCAGACGUCAUUCACGUCAGUCAUCAAAUGCCGCGUACGAUCUCGACCCGAUUGAGGUCUUGCUGGGCAGGACCAUUCCCCUGACAGAUGGAAUGGUCCGAGCCCUGGUAAGUGUUGCUGAGAAUCCCGACGACCCGCUCAGGAAUGUCUGUAUGGAGACUUUAAUCGAGAUUGCUCUGAUCGACAUCGAUUGCCUGGUUCGAUCAGAUGCCUUUCGGAUCCUUCUUUUGGUAUACAAAGACGGUCCCAUUGAGCUCGGCCCACCCAUAACUACUGCUCUCCUCCACCUCGUUGACAAGCCAUCGAGUCGACAAUACUUGCUUGCCGGCUCUGAUCUCGAAACAGUCCUUGUUGGUCUCACCGAGGAGUAUGGAAAAGUCCCUUCCAAGCAGCGUGAUAGACACUUGGCAAAAUUACAACAUUGUCUCGGAAACGUCACCAUUCUCCUGUCUUCUUGGCCUGGUGUGCUUUACAUGUGCAUGGACGAUUGCCGGGCCUUCAAAUCCCUUCUCAGUUCACUUCAGGCCCCCAGUACGGAAGUUCGAGGGAUCGUCCUGGAUCUUGUCUUUAGCAUCCUCCGUAUCAAGUCUCCGCCGUGGAUGGACGCGUUCCUUCAAGGCAAACGAUUGACAGUAUACAACAGGACGAAAGAGGCCACCUCGGCAUUACAAGAAGGAAUUAUCAUAGAAGAACCUGCGCCCAAGCUGAAUAUGGCAGACCAAUUCAUCGGAUUUCUUCUGUUGGUCCUGAUCAAGUCUGGUCUCAUAGAAGGGCUUGUCAACCUCGUAAAUGAGUCCGACUUCAAUUUGGCCCGAAAGGCGACUCUACUCCUCGGCGAACUCUUGCGCUUGUCCACGCGAAUCCUGCCCAUGGAAUAUGCGGCACAUAUUCAGUCCCUGCCACGUCUAUUUGGAAACGCCAUGUCAUUCGCGGAUACGGAAAACAGACGUGUUGCUCUCUCUACACUGUCUUCGAUCGACAGUCUAAAUCGCAACUAUAACAGGGCCAUUUCGCGAACCACCAAAGCGACUGCCAAAAAACACGCCACAUCUGAAGACUCGCUGGAACGAGGGAAGCGGCAUGUCGAGCAGAUCAAACUGCGCCAGAUCCUUCAAAUGGACGAUAAACAAUUCCAAGCCAUGAUCAAUGAGACUGGCGUUCUUCUUGGCCGGGACCACACAAAGUGGAAUUACGAGAUCAUCAUGGAUUUAAUCAGAGGACCUUUGCUGAAUCCCAAGCGACUCGAUGAGGCCAUCAAGGCCACGAAAUUCGUCCGAAGGUUGUUCUCAUUCUUCCAUCCUGCGAACAAUCACUUCAGCAGCAUCAAGCGGACCAGGCCGAAUCACAAAUGGGUCCGAUUAGGAUGCGCUCUCCUGUCCACCAUGCUCGCCAAUCCUGAAGGCGUGCGCUUCGUAUCGGAAGACAAGUUGAUUCCUCAAUUGAGUGAUUGCUUUAAUGAGCUCGAUCAAUACGUCGGAGUACCUAGUAUCCAGCCACUUCUCACAAAGGCUCGAGUUGAGACGACCUUGACGUAUGGAUACUUUGAGAUGAUCGGGACGCUGAGCAAACACGCCGAGGGCAUCAAACUACUGGAGAAAUUCAAGCUAUUUACUUCGUUCUACCAUCUGAGCGAGCAACGAGGUCGAGACGACUUGAUGCGCAUCAUCAUCGAAUGCUUUGACUACACUAGCGAUGCACAUCCGCGGAUCGUCCUCGCCAAGGCGCUCACAUCAGCAUACAUGGAAACUAGACUAUUCGCAACGCAUCACCUUGCUCGACUGCUUCAAGAAAAAUCGUAUCUGACUGAUUGGGCACUUCAAUUGCUCAUCACUCAACUAUACGAUACUUCGUUGGAAGUGUGCGAUGUGGCUGUGAUGUACUUGGAAGAAAUCUGUUCCGACCCUGCUAUGCUUGAGAAGGUGGUUCAGUUUCGACCAACCCUUGAGCAUUUGGAUGAAUUGGGGCAACAGCUUUUCAUGCGAUUCGUUUCUACGAGCGCUGGGUUUUCGUAUCUCCACCGAGCGGGCUACAUUGAACGAGAGCUGGAAGCUUGGCUCGAGGAACGCAAUCUCCUCUACGUGGUGGAGGCAGAGACCUUUAUCUCAAAGACUCUCUCCUCUACAGCUUCCGCCGAGGACGACUGGAUAUUCGAAGGCACAGCUCCGACUCACUUUCUGGGCGAGCUCACCAAAACUCCUGAGGGUUGCCAAAUGUUGCGAGAUCGAGGGAUCAUCUCUGAGAUGGCUGAAUUGGUCCGCCUCCAUGGGAUGGAGUCGAGCGAUCAAGGUCUACUCAUGAACGUCAAAAGCGCGCUCUGGGCUCUGGGAAAUAUCGGUUCGACGGAUGGAGGCUUUCCUUUCCUCGAAGAUGAAGAGAUCGUUGACGCGAUCGUGGAGAUCGCUGAGCUGUCUCCGAUAUUGACAAUGAAAGGGACUGCCUUCUUCGUCAUUGGUCUAUUAUCACUGUCGCAAGUCGGGGCGCAGAUAAUGGAGGAAUAUGGCUGGGUGGCGUGUCUUGAUCCACUUGGCAAAACUACAGGCCUCUGCUAUCCUAACGACAUUAAGAAGUUCGCUCAGAUUGAGCGGUGGGUCCGAGUCGAUGCAGACCCGCCUCCUCAAUCAUGGGGAACAUUGGACGAGACGGAACUGGAGAUCAUGACCUGCAUUGCAAAAUUGAGCAAUUACGUCCUGGCCAGCGGAGCGAUGACAAGGUUGAAAAAAAUACGACUUCGAGAACCUGAUCGGUUCUCAUCUCUCAACAUGUUCCACCGAGCUGGCCGGCUGAUCUCAACAAACCAUUAUCAAGCGCCUGUCAGGCGAUUCAUUUUGGAACUCUUCGAUAUCUCCAUUGAUCAAGAGACAUUAUGGGCUCUAGUAGAUCUAGAUCUGGACAAUGACCAAACUCCCCAUCUCGGGAAAAGUACUCUACGAGUAAUCGACAGGGAUCAGCGACAACUAGCCCUAGCGAGCAACCUUCUAUACCGCAUCACCUUGAUGAUGGAGGCGAUAUGA